CGUGCACGUGCCGCAUAGCGGCCCGCGCGCUGGUCAGCCACUGAGGCUGUGCAGCCCGUUGACCAGUCACGUGCGACUGCAUCCUCUGAUUGACUGGUGGUUCCCACACUAAUAGAUCGGGGGGGUUUUCCUUCUUAUUUUUUUCUUUGAGGGAGGGCCGUUUCCGGACCCCAACGGCAUAAGUGACUGAAUGACAACAUGAAUCUCAAUCUUGUAGGGUAAUAGGCCCCAAGUAAUUUAUAGUACCAAACACGCCCACAUUCUCGGCUCUACACUACUGUGUAGGUUGCAAGUAUCUAAUUACCUGAUGAAAAGUGCCUAAAAAGCAGCAUUGUGGAAGAGUUUAGGACUCUAUAUGUAGAAGAAUGAAGGUGCAAGUUGACGAAGAAGAUUUAUUAUAGUCAGGGGCUUCGAGGGAGGAUUGUGUUUGUGGUACUCUAGUCAACGACAUUAAUGGUCUGGCAACUCCAGUUUCAAGCUUGGGUGCGCGCGGCCCCUGCGGCCACGUGUUUACUCCCAGACACGUGGGCCGGCACGCUCCCUCCCUCCAUCGCCAUGGAAUCUGGUCACGAUAUCGCCAUUCUAACAGAUUGUGAGUCCCACAGUAAUCACCGGCCUAAGCCGAUGAUACCGUUGGAGAAGGGCGGUCAAGACGAGCAAAAUGGUAUGUAGAAAGUGUUGGUUGAAGGUGUGGUUGAAUUGUUGUGUGUGUAAAGAAGAAGAGGUGUCGAAAAAAGAAGACAGGGAAGCUCUCUAUGUAUAUACAAAAUCUCCUAUUUCUUUGACCUUGCCUUUUCUUUAUUUCUUAUAAUAAUGAAC